UUGUUAUACUUGUGGACACACUGGUCCCUCGCAUCUUUAUUCGCACGAAAUCACGUCAGCGCGCACAGCGCUGCCGGGCUCCGUUCGCAGAAAACACGCAUUAUUGUUAUUAUUGUUAUUUUUAUUCUUAUUAUUGCUGUUGUGGUGCUGCUGGUGACAUGUCUGUCCCUCUUGGUUCCCCGCGUUUAGCUAGUAGCUGCUCGUCGGCUGAACGCCACCAGCGUCUUGUGCGAACCGCCGGCCGUUCUGCGCGACAGGGACCAUUUCGACGAGGACAUUUCACAUAAUUGAGCGCGCAGCGUGUCGGAGACGGUUUUUUUUUUUUUUUUUUUUUUUUUUGGGCGCCGAGAGAGCAGAGGCCCGCGUGUGUGAGGCGAGCGCCUGAGGAUGAGGACGGUGAGGAGGGUGAAGAGGAUGUGGUACACACCAGUCGAGGAGAAGAGUGAGGAGCAGGACCAGCUGGGGCAGAGGGACAAGACGCUGAAACUAAAGAAGACAAAGCGGGAGCGGCGAGAUGAGGAGCGGGAGGAGCCAACCGUGUCCAGCCAGCCCCCUGUGCCCGCGCCUGCACCCGUGCAGCAGCAGGAUCAGAAGCCGGCGGCGGAGGCCGGGAGCGCGGCGUCCUCCGACACUGCAGCAGGGGCCUCGCCUCCAGAGGCUGCCGCCUCCCCGAAACAAAGGCGUUCCAUCAUCCGCGACCGUGGCCCACUGUACGACGACCCCUCGCUGCCACCUGGCUGGACACGCAGGCUGAAGCAACGCAAGUCCGGCAGAUCUGCGGGCAAGUACGACGUCUACCUGAUAAACCCAGAGGGGAAAGCCUUCCGUUCCAAAGUGGAGCUGAUUGCAUACUUCCAAAAGGUAGGAGAUACCACCACUGACCCCAAUGACUUUGACUUCACGGUUACGGGCCGUGGGAGUCCCUCUCGUCGUGAGAAGAAGCCCCCCAAGAAGCCCAAGGUAGUGAAAGCCUCCGGACGAGGUAGAGGGCGCCCCAAAGGCAGUGGCAAGGUUCGGCAGGCCACCGAAGGCGUGGCGAUGAAGCGCGUGGUGGAGAAAAGCCCUGGCAAACUGCUGGUUAAGAUGCCCUUCGUCACAUCCAAGGUGGAGGCAGGUGGUCCCUCGGGCCAAGCUGCUGUUGCCAAGACGCGUCCGGGUCGCAAGAGAAAGAUGGAGCAGGAACCGCAGACGGCGCCCAAAAAAAGGGGGCGCAAGCCAGCUGCAGCGGCCGCAGCCGGGGCCGCGGGUUCGAGCACUCCGUAUGCAGCUGCUGCUGCGCUGGCCGCUGAGGCCAAAAAGAAGGCCCUAAAGGAGUCUUCCGUGAAACCCGUGCAGGAGACUGCACUGCCCAUCAAGAAGCGCAAGACGCGAGAGACUGUUGAGGAGAUGGAGGUUCCCGCUGCAACAGCCACAGCAGAGCUGGGGGUGGGGCAGGGAACAGGGUCGGGGAUAGGAACAGUAGCGGGAACAGGGAUGAGUCUUUCGGCGGGAGCGGCUGGUGCGGAGGGGGUAGAAAAGGGACAGAAGUUGCCAAAAAGCCCAGGAAGGAAGCACAAGGAGGGCCCCACAGCCCCAGGGAGUGGGGGCAGCAGUGGCAGCAGCAGCCCCUCCAAGAGCCAGAAGAAGAAAGAGCGAGCACAGCAGCACAAACACCACCAUCACCACCAUCACCACCACCACCCUCACCCACCCCCGCCCCCGCCGCAGUCCACCCCGUACCCAGCACACGCACACCAACAUGCCCACAGUCGAGCCACGCAGGGAGGGGCUCUGGGGCUCGAAGACAACGAGCCCCAGGACUUGAGUACCCCGAGGUCCUGCCACGAAGAUAAGCAGCAGCCGCUGGCUCGCAGGGAGGUGGCCAGAGCCGACAGCUGUCCCAGCAGGGACACCGUCACCAAGACUCAAGCAGCAGCAGUGGCCACCGACCUGAAAGGCAAGCACCGCAUGGGCGAGGGGGUGGAGGGGAGGGAGAUGAAGGACAUUGUGCCCACGUCAGCAGUGCCGAGGCCCAGUCGAGAGGAGACGGUAGAGUCGAGGACCCCAGUCAGUGAGAGAGUGAGCUGACUGACUUCACCAUGAGUGCGGAAGUGUGAAAGGGGUGGGAGACGUUGGCAGUGAGAGCAGCAAUUUUUUGAGAAAAAAGAAAAAAAUGACAAAAAAGUUUGUGUAU